AUGUCGAAAUAUUUCAUCAUAAGUUUACUUUUUAUUUCUAAAUGUGUCGCUCCCAUCGAUGGAUUUAUUCGUGUUUGUAAUAAAGGUGGUUAUUUAGCUAAAUGUUAUCUUCAAUCGCGAGCUGCAGAUUCUGCACGUCGAAAGCAUCACGAUGAUACAGGAUUGUUUCCGGUUGCUCAAUGUAGAACCAUGGAGGUUCCUGUAAUUGCUGUUUUAAAUCGUCUUGAAUGUAAAUCUCUUGCUUUUAUUGCUGUUUAUAAAAGUAUUUUCGUACAAGAGUUUGCUUCGAGUAUGUUUAAUUAUUGUUAUGAAAUUACCGGAACUACAUUGAAUCCAAAAUGGUCACAAACAAGAUGCUAA